CACUAAUAAAAUGGAUACAUAUGGAUAUAGGAUACAUCAAAUUUUUCAAUAUUGGUAAAUUAAGACAAAAGACUACUAUCUCGUUAUAAACAUUUGGUUUGAGAUAAUUUUAUUAUCUUUAAAUUAGUUUUUACUUCACCGUUAAGCUACCGUCUACUUUACGCGUUAUUUAUAAAUGAAUAAAGGCAAGGCUGAGAUCACAGUAUGAUAGUAUAGUGUCUCGGACAUCGUUCAAAAAUAUCCAACAGUUGUGGUCUUGCGUAAGAACUGAGAACUGGACAUUUUGUUGCUUGUACAAACAUUUGUUUUUAUAAAAAUAAUGGCGGCGAAGGUGUUAAAGAACGAUCAACACUUCGGACAUUUAAUUGUACAGGUCAUGAAGAGUAAUCCAGAGGAUAUUUGUCAAAUCGAUGCAGUUACAGGAGAGAAAGAAACAAAUGCAUCUGUGCUAUCCCGCUCCGUACGAUUAGCUACGUGCCUCAGAAAGCUCGGUGCUCAACCAGGGAACGUCUUGGCUAUAAAUGGGAAGAAUCAUUUGGACUUACAUAUACCAUACUAUGCGGCUUUAUUUAAUGGUCUCCCUAUUUGUGGAGUGGAUAAUUCGUUUAAGUAUGAUGAAGUAAAAAAUAUUUUUAAUGUGAUCUUGCCAAAAGUAGCGUUUUGUGACAGGAAUGCCUAUGAAAUGUUUAAGAAGGUUGUCACUGAUUUGAAUUUAGAAACGACAGUAAUUAGAUUCGGAGAUGGAACAAACAGUAUGAAUGAAUUUAUGUCUAAAUGCGAUGAUCAAUCGAUAGAAGAAUUUCGAGUUGCCGAAUUUGACGUGGAUAAAAUAUACUUGUGGCUGGCAACCACCAGUGGAACGACGGGCAAUGCGAAAGUGGCGGCCCUCAAACAAGCACCAAUUAUAGCUAAAUUCAAAUCAUCCUACCAAGCUCUUCUCAAAUUAACACAUGAACCACGAUUAACCAAACGUGGCGUGAAUACUUUUAACGUGGGCCCUAUACAUUGGCUGACUGGAUUAAUCAACGCAUUAGCUCUGCCACUUAUGGGUCACUGUAAGGUACAAACGUCUGGGCCAGCAAACGCGGAUCAUUAUGCCGACAUCAUUAACCAGUACAAGCCGGUUUCUCUACUGACUGGUCCUACAACUGUAUCGACUCUUUUGAAACACAGAAAACAUUGUGACUUCAGCUGCUUCCAAAUCAUCCAGGUAUCCGGAGCGAAACUACGAAGUGAAGUGUACGACGAAAUGUGUUCGAGGUUAUCUGAAGGAUCCUUUAUAAUAAAUCUGUAUGGUCAAACGGAGACUGGUGGUGCGAUUUUGUACUCGGAUCCGUUUGGGCCUCGAGACGCUUUGGUCAUGCCUACUUCUGAUUAUGAACUAAAGAUAACUGAUCCAGACACAGGAUUAGAAGUUAUAGAGCCCAUGGCACGAGGCGAGUUGUGGUGUAGAGGUCCUGGAUUUACAGAAUAUUAUAGAAAUCCAAUGGAGACAAAAAAGGCUGUCACCGAAGACGGCUGGUAUAAAACCGGUGAUAUAUUUUGUAAGGACGAAGCUGGAUAUUUUUACUACGUGGAGAGGGUAAAAAUGUUGAUCAAAUACAAAAAUUACCACAUGGUUCCAGCAGAACUUGAAGAGCUGAUUCGUUCGCAUCCAUCGGUCCACGAUGUUGUGGUAACAUCUAUACCGCACGACGAAGAUGGUGAACACCCUGUAGCUUGCGUAGUAAAAGAAAAAGGAGCGAACAUCAGCGCAAGAGAGAUAGCAGACUUGAUCGCUGAUAAGCUCUCCGACAACAAGAGGUUACGAGGAGGCGUCAUAUUCCUUGAUGAAAUACCAAUUACAUCGACGGGGAAAAUAGCUGUUCGGAAGUUAAAGCAGAUAGUAUUAAAUUCAAGGAGAGAACUUUGAAAUCAAGCUAAGUAACGGAAAUGUACUAUAGAAAUGAGAAAACAUCAAUUAGGUGCUAACUGUUGGACAACUAAUAAAUAGUGAAUAGGGUAGUAUUUAAAUGUACUCGUAAAUUAAUAAUUUAAUUGUCAACUAAUAUUAUUAACUUAUUGUAUAGAGAAAAUAUUGUAAUCAACAUAAGAAAACUAGAUACGACUUAUCGGGAUAUACCAAUAUUGAAUUACGACAUUUGUUAUUAAUUUAUUAGAAAAAAAUAUAUGUAUUUGAUAUGUAAGAUGAUGGAAAUAUGCAAAUAUUUUCUAUGCAAAAUAAAUAAAAACAUUUCUUUCAUUUUA